AUGGCUGAAUUGCAUAUAAUUGGUCGAAUUUCGUCUGCUAAAGAUUUUAAACAACCACGAAUUUUAUGCAAAUGGAGUUUUCAUGCUGGUAAUGGUUGGAAAGUUUUAAAUGGUUGCGAGGAAGGACAAACUCAAGAAAGUUGUGACUUAUACACUGAUGAACCAGUUUGGGAUCAUCCCAUAGAUUUGCAUUAUACUACACAAACUCUUCAAAAUUCACCAAAACUUUUAUUACAAACAUUUUGUAGAGAUACACAUGGAAGAAUAUUAUUUGGUUCCUAUGGUAUUUGUAACAUUCCUUUAUCUCCUGGAUUGCAUUGUAUAGAAUGUCAUACAUGGAAACCAAUUGGUAACUGGAAAGAUAGACUUAGGGAUAAGUUUUUGGGAGUAACUUUACAAUUAAAAUCACCAAGUGCUUUAGUUAAUUCUUUGGAUAGAUUUCAGUUACUUACUGAAAGUAUGGGUACAGUUAAAAGUGAAUUGUAUAUAAUUUCAAACAUAUUUACAUGUGCAAAUGAGACAGAUUGUGAUGAAUUAAUAGAGGAAGAUACUUUAGAAGAAGCAUCAAGUACUGUGGCUGAAAAUAUUUAUGAUACAAUUAGUACUAGUACAAGUAGUUCUACAUAUCCAACACAAACUCCAAAAAGUCAAAUAAUACCAACUACACAGACAUCUCAAAAAAUUAAGUAUAAUAAUGAAAUAAGAAACUACAAUAUACAUAAAAUGCAUUCUGAUGUAUGUAAAUGUGAUUUAACAGUAUCAUCUUGUGAUAUAAAUUGUUGUUGCGAUCAAGAUUGCAAUGACUUCCAUUUAACUGUUUUCUCCCAUUGUGAAAAUCAUCAGGCAGAAUUAUUUGAUAAACGUUAUUGUUAUAACAAAAAUUUUAUACAACGAAAUAACACACCAUUUAUACUGGAAAAGUUAGCAAAUAAUCUGUUUUGUAUUUUGUAUGAUAAUCUUCCACCAACCUACAGUGUUAACAAUGAAUUGAAUAUAAAAAGUGAAAAGGAUUUAAGAGAAGCUGUAAAUCCAAAUAGACUGAAAUGGAAAUGGAAAGACCAAUUACAUGUACCUGAAUAUAAUAUUUCUAGUCCUUAUCAAGAUGAUGACAUUAUGUGGAUAGUACACAACAAUUGUAUUCAGCCUUUUGAAAUAUUACAAUCAGGAUUUACCGAAUUGUGUUCUUUUAAAAAAACUUUAAAAUACCUUCGUGAAUGGAAAGAUAAAUGUUUGCAAACGGAAUUGAGUAAUACAAAUAAGUAUCUGUUUCCUAGAGCUUUUAAUAAUUUUAGUAUCAUUGCAUCUACUCAUUUAUUAAAUGAAACCUACAUUGAAGUACUGGAUCAGAUUUGUCCAAGAAACGUGUGUUUAACACUUACUAGUUACUAUUGUAAGCAGUCUUGGAAAACAUGUAAUAAUAGUACCUUAUUAGGAUCUUGUUUUAAUGGAACGUGUUACAACAUUGUAACAGGUGUAAAAUAUUUGAUUGUUCACAAUGGUUCUAUGGGAAUUAACAGCGUUAAUGUAUACUUUAUUAUAAGUAAUGUUUCUCAUCAUUUUUACCAACAGUUCGAAGUUACUUAUGAAUGGGUCGAAUUGGAUAAACAAAAAAGUUUUUUUUUAAGCGGUAAUCCUGGUUACAUUGUUGGAAAGCCGUUAAUUAUCGGUACUUUAAAAAUUAAUAAGACUAAUAACAUGGAAACUAGAUAUAUCAACUUUAAUAGGACUAAUAGUUUUCUGACAUUGCCUAUAGCUACAAGAAGUGGUGAAUGUAAUGAUAUUGAUAGAUAUACUCUUGCCUUUGGGGAAGAUGUUAAAUUAAAAUGCUCCGUAUCUGUACAUACUAAUAAUUUCAGUACAACAUCUUGUAUGGAAUUACAAAAUCUUACUAUGCACUUUUUAAUGCAAGAUUCUUUAUUUAAUGUUACUCAAACAGAUCAAUAUAAUAUUUAUAUUUCUAAGACAGGCAAUUUUUCUAGUAAUAAUACUGCUGAUUGGGUGCAAAUUUUACUUAAUAGAAUACCUCAAAGUGUUAUAAUAGGACAGGUGGUUAAUGGUCGGUUGAGUUGUUCGGGACUAAUAACAUCUAUACAUUUGAACAUUUUAUAUUCUACUUUAGCAAAACUUGAAACAUUAACUAAUCAUAAUGUACUAGGAAUUGGUAUUACAUUCACUGCAGAAUAUAAUACAUCUUGGUCCAAGUGUUUAACUGAAAACUGUACAAACAUACUUAAAACAGAUGUUGUUAGUUAUGUUACAUUUCACGACAUAUCAAAGCCAUCCAAGUAUUAUUUUGUAGGAGGCCCCAACUUGGAUCUUACAUUGCCAUAUGACUUUUUUUACCCUUUUUUAAGUAGUUCAACAUGUGUUAAGUCAAAUAUACUUUUAUUUAAUGCAAUAUUGAGCGUGAUUUUGCACAUUUCAUUUUAUUGA